AUGUCCCCCAAUGAAGAGAUAUACAAGGCUGUUCUCAAUAUUUACAAGGAAGCGUUUCAAUCUGGUGGUCGUAUUGAAGCUUUGCGUGCAGCCUUCCAGCGCAACUUUGAAAGUACGGUCGUCGGUUUUACCAAUGCAUUCAAGCUGUGGUCGCGCGAAGCUGUGUUCAAGUCUGCCGUUCGAAUUGUGCGUUCAGCAUCCAACAUCCUCGACAUUCUCUUUAACACUCGAAAUGGCCUGGUCGUCAGUUCCGAGGGCGAUAUUGGCAAAAUCAGUGGCCCGCUUUUCAAAGAGCUCUGGAUCAGUCUAUGGAAAAUGCUUGAAACUGCAUACCGCAUGUCCCUGCCAUGGUCAGUCAACUUCAAUAAGGAGCAACUCAUCGAAUUCAUGCGCGAUGUACUGGAAUGCAGCAAUGCCCUUUUACGGUACUUUACUGGCUUUGAGAAGAUCAUCCACUCGGAAGCAGGCACUGUCAGCUCAGAACGACAAAAAGAAAUGGACGCCCUUCUGCUCAAUCAAUGUGUCACAGCGGUCAGAUCGUUGACUGCUUGGCUACGCCUCAAUGACUUGGAAUUACUCCAAUCAUGCGUGCGUUUGGUUUGCGACAUCUUGAUGCGCCUCGCCAAGUCUGGCGUUCGCAUCAAUGAGGAGAGCGUAGCUGCGUUUGACAAGAUUAUUGUGAAUAGCAAGAAAAAGAAGAACAAUCUCACAGAAGCCCAGCGAACGGAAAUCUUCAUUGCGCUCAGCGAACACACCGACUACAUUGAGAUUCCAGAUGAUGACAGCCAGGUCUCGGUGCCCUCUCGGCCUCCAUCUGCUCCGAUUGUCAUACCAGAUGCUCGGACUGUCCCUCGGACAACCAUGUCAGUGCACGAGCAGAUGAAGCAGGCUUCUGCACGCUCGAGUCAGCUGUCAGGGGAUAAAGGACGCAGCAUUUCAGCUGCCCUCAAGUCUGCUUCAGCUAUGAGUACUGUCAGACAGCCAUCUGCGCAAUCAGCUCAAGCUCGUGCCGAGUAUCUGCGGAAUCGCGCCGCUCUACCAGCUGCAUUGCGGAAGCCAGCUGCCAAAAAUGUCUCUGCGGGUGCAGUCAAGCGUGACGAAUCAUCAGCCUCUGAAUCAGACAGUGACAGUGAUACCGAAGGUCUCUUCAAAAUCAACGACCCAGCAGCAGCACCGAAGAUCAAGAAUGUCCAGAAGCGAACUGUUCAGAUGGUUGACAGCGCCACCCCUCUCAUGAGACGCCCUAUUGAUGUGCGCGCUGAGCGAAAUCGCGUGGAACAGAACUUGAGGGCAAGGACGAAUCCGGACUUGACCGGACUACAUAUGCGCUUGCUGAACUGGGAUCCAUGUCACGAUAGUCUGCUUCCGCCUGAUCAAGGGGAAAUCACGCUUGCCAACAUGGCCAAAACAUACCAGACUGCGCAUGCGUAUUCUGCCGUGGUGGAGCCUCUUUUCAUGCUCGAGACUUGGCAGCAUGUUGUCGCAUCAAGGGAUGCCAUCAAGCCGAAGGAUAAGUUUCGCUUGACCCUGCAAACUCGAUCUGCUGUUGAUCGCUUCGUUGAUCUCUUUGCCACCAUCAAGAUGGACCUUUGGCAGAAGUAUGUCAUCACAGAGCCUGAUCUGUUGUUGCUGUCAGCCACUGAUAACAUGGGCAAGGGUACGACAGGUGCUGUUGAGCGUUGUCUUGCCAAGGUGCAAAGUAUUUCCAAGAAGCGCGAUUUUGUUGAGAUUGCUCUUCGAACGGUGCCAGGCAGUGCUAUGGUCAGACAUUUGCGGCCCACUGUGGAACUCUGGGCGGCCAAGCUGACAUCACUGACGCCAACUCACCGAGAGUACGCCACGCUCAAAGCGCUGCCGUACUACGACUUGUGUGACUUGAUUGUGACUGGGCGACCAACAAAGCCUGUGCCGUCACAUUCCAGUGAUCUUGGGAAGCUUAUGCGAGCCUAUGCCGUAAAUGAACCACAAGCCAAGGCCAUCGAUGCUGCACUCAAUAGUACUGGAUUCACAUUGAUUCAAGGACCUCCGGGUACUGGUAAGACAAAGACUAUUCUCGGAAUGGUCGGCGCCUUCUUGAGUGCUUCAGCAAUACAUGGCACGGCCAUCUCCUUGCCUGGUCAACGGCAGCAGACCAAGAAAGAAGAGCCCAUCAAGCGUAAGAUUCUGCUAUGCGCGCCGUCUAAUGCCGCCGUGGAUGAAAUCGUCCUGCGUCUCAAGAGUGGCAUCUUUGACAGUCACGGGAAGCGCUAUGUCCCCAAAGUAGUUCGGAUGGGCAUGAGUGAUGCAAUCAACGUCAAUGUCCGAGAUGUGACGCUCGAUGUGUUGCUUGAUGAGAUGUUGAUGAAGAAUGAAGAGAAUCUCAAGGGCAAGAACACCUCUGGAGGCGAUCCGGCUGUAUUACGCGAGAAGCUGAAUGACACAUUGAAAGAGCGAGAUGUGCAACGCGCCCUGCUCGAGCAGGCUCGCAAGGAGGAUCGAAACACUGGUGAAAUCGAGGUGGAGAUCAAGAAGCUGAAUAAUCGCAAGACACAGCUUGGUGAGCAGCUCGACGAGCUUCGAGACAAACAAUCGCAGCGGGCAAGAGCGAAGGACAUUGAACGGAAACGCUUCCAAACGCAAAUUCUGGCAAAUGCAGACAUCAUCUGCGCGACCUUGUCAGGGUCUGGUCACGAGCUCAUGGCAAACGUUGCGGUCGACUUUGAAACAGUCAUCAUCGACGAAGCAUGUCAAACGACUGAGCUUAGCGCAUUGAUUCCGCUCAAGUAUGGCUGCACGCGAUGCAUCAUGGUCGGCGAUCCGAAUCAGCUUCCGCCAACUGUACUAUCAACUGAAGCAGUCAAGUAUGCUUACAACGAGAGUUUGUUUGUGCGUAUGCAGCGCAACAAUCCGAACGCUGUCCGGCUGCUUGCCAUUCAGUAUCGCAUGCAUUCGUCAAUCUCUCGCUUUCCGAGCAAGCAGUUCUAUGACGGUUCUUUGCUCGACGGUCCAGAGGUGGACUUGCAGACGAAACGUGCCUGGCACAACAGCACCAUUUUCGGAACCUACCGUUUCUUCGAUGUCGCCGGCCGAGAACAAGAAACGGCGUCUCAUUCAGUCUUCAACAAUGCCGAAGCCUACGCUGCCAUGGAUAUCUACAAGAGACUGCGGCACGACUUUUUCGACAUUGACUUCGACGGACGGAUAGGCAUCGUCACACCGUACAAGGAGCAAUUCAAAGUCAUUCGCACCUUGUUUACGAAGGAGUAUGGCAAUUCGAUUUUGAGUUCGAUCGAUUUCAACACAGUUGACGGCUUCCAGGGGCAGGAAAAGGACAUCAUCAUUUUUUCUUGCGUUAGGGCAAAUCCAAAACGCGGCAUUGGUUUCUUAGCGGACAAACGAAGAAUGAACGUGGCUCUGACGCGAGCCAAAUCUAGUGUCUUCAUUCUGGGAUGUGCUUCUGCUCUGAAGCAAGACGCUGUUUGGUCAGCCUUGGUACAGGAUGCACAGGAGCGAGACCUCUUCUCAUGCGUCGACAAGGGUACAUUCAGCUCGCCGACUCGAAUCGGGAACGAAAAUGCUAAUAGUCCUGUCGAGGUUCGAAUCAAGGACGAUGUUAGCAGUGACGAGGAGGGUGAAGUGAGCAGCAAACGUCCUCUGUCAACCUCUCACCAGCCAAGUAAAAAGAGGCACAAGACCCUGACUGGCUCACAAUCGGGAGACUUGCGACCGCUGGCCAUCAAGCAAGACGCACAAGCAGUGAAGAUGCCCAUAGAGAUCAUGGCGGUCAAGAAGGCGUCUGCAGCGAUCACGCCGAGGGGUGCCUCUGCUAUGCAGACUGUCAAGACUGAUAGUCGAGCACAUCCGCGGCCUCCUGCAGCUGCACAUGCCAAUCAUGAACCAAAAAUGCCGGUAAAGAACAAACCGGCCAGCUCACUCUUCAUCAAGCGCAAGCGAUAG